AUGGUCUGGGUGGACAAAUACAAUCUGACCCUGUUGAAUAAAUUCAUCCUAAUGGGAAUCAUGGACAUCCCUAAGCUGAAGGCUCCACUGUUUGGACUCUUCCUCAUUGUUUACCUGAUCUCAGUGAUGGGUAACCUGGGCUUGAGCAUCCUCAUCAAGAUAGACCAUAGGCUACAAACACUCAUGUACUUUUUCCUCAGACAUCUGGCUUUCACUGAUUUUGGUUACUCAACAGCUGUGGGACCCAAAAUGCUAGCAAAUUUUGCUGUAGAUAAACCUACAAUAUCUUAUCAUUGGUGUGCUACUCAACUCAUGUUCUUCAGUAUGUUUAUCACUAGUGAAAUUUUCAUUCUGUCAGCAAUGGCCUAUGACCGCUAUAUGGCCAUCUGUCACCCUCUGCUCUACAUGGGCCUCACGUCACCAAGAUUAUGUCAGGUACUAGUGACAAUCCCCUACCUAUACAGCCUCUUUUUGUCCUUGCUGACCAUCAUAAAAAUUUUCUGUUCAUCAUUUUGUGGCUAUUAUGUCAUUAGGCAUUUCUACUGUGAUAGUCUGCCUUUGAUAGCUUUGCUCUGCUCAGAUACACAGGAAAUUAAAUUGAUAAUUCUGAUCUUUUCAGCUUUUAAUUUGCUGUCAUCUGUUCUGAUAGUCCUUGGGUCCUAUAUUUUUAUCCUUGCCACCAUUCUCAGGAUGAAUUCUGCAGAAAGAAGGCUCAAGGCUUUCUCCACGUGUGGAUCUCAUUUGACAGUGAUAGUCAUAUUCUAUGGGACUCUAUUCUUUAUGUAUGUGAAGCCCAAUUCCAGUGAUUCCUUUGAUGUUGAUCAAGUGGCCUCCUUAUUUUAUACUUUAGUGAUACCCAUGCUGAAUCCUAUGAUCUACAGUUGGAGGAACAAAGAGGUAAAAAAUGCACUACCUAGAGCCUGGAGAAUGUGUGCAAAUAUUCUUUUUAAAACUCACUGUAGGAUACACUAA